AUGUCGAAUUUGCUCGGCCCGCCCCCAAAGAUCAUAUUCAACGGGGGCGGUCCGAAUGAGACGGAGCUAAUCAGCCUACGUCCGAGCCAACUCGUCACUGGAACCUGGCUGAUUCUCCAGUUUCAGAACCGUGCAUCUCGCCAGGCACCGAAGCGGUCGCUCCCAACGCCGUCGAGGUCGGCGGAUGAUAGUCACCCACAGAGCAUCGCCUCGUCCAUUGAAGGCCCCCGGCCCAACAGGAACGAUGCGUUCGCUCCCAGCGCCAGCGCACAUUACCAGACGGACUCUUCUGCUCAAAGUCAACGAGCGGCUUCGGCGCCGCCUUUUCGUCUUGAUGCCGAACCAUAUAUCAAGAAGGACACAUCAUAUACGGCAGACAACAGCUUCCGGUCCAUAUUCAGGGAGAAUUUUGAUACUUAUGGAACCUUUCCUACGGAUUCAACAUCUACUCAGCAGACAGACUUGCCAAUUGCUGCCGAGUCUGUUACUCAAGGUUGCCGCCUCCUGACGUUGCUGAGUAAUCGAUGGGUCGUGAAUGAUUUCAUCGACAAGUGGUUCGAAGUCUGCGAGGGCGCCGAUGACAUUUCCAUCGUAGGAAUUGUCAAGGGCUGGCUAAGGAAACUAUGGCUCUGCCAUGGCGACGUGCUAGAGUCGCAGGAUACCGACAGCAUGUAUCGACUCUCGGAACUACUGUGGCGCAAUACGCAGGCACCACUCGUGUUUAACGGUACGACGACAGCGCCAGAGUGGAUAGAUCUGUCGACAGGCCCGAAUAUCCGCUGGGAGGUCAUUGGUAUUAUUGCUGCCAUUGUAGGAAUUUGUGCAAGGUAUUGCGAAGCAUCCCAUGCUAUAUUCCAGAAGCACAAUGUCGACCGCCUUAUACUAGCUAAGCAGGCCACACAUGUGUCUAAUACCUGCGUGACAUUCACUCAGAAAUGCGCGGCAGUCAACGACCUGCUGCCAUGGCUAUUGGUGGAAGAUCACAUCUGCUCGGCACUAGUCAGGGGCGUCCAUACAUACGACAGCUACAGACAAACUGGCGAAAUCGUCUCAACUGUCGUCUUCUUGAAGUGGCAUCAGAAGAUCGAGGCCAACGAGAGUGUACCACACUUCCUGGUAGAGAUGCGGAAGCGAGCGCGGGCUAGUGCCUACUGCGCCGAGAUUGGCAACGCAACAUUUCUUGGACGACCUCCUCGUGCCUCGUAUCACUACUGGGAUUUGGACGCACCGUCCGAUCUGACCGACAGCCAGCUCAUGCAGAGCAACGAAGAGAUCGAAUCCCUCCUCGCGCAGAUGGACGAGCACGGGUAUAACAGAACUGGCCGUCUUCACCGCGGGACGUGGUAUCGUGUUUGGCUUGGCUUCGCUCAGAGGAGGGAAGAUGUCUUGGACUUGGCACUGCGCAACUAUACUAAUGACGAGCUUCUUCGGAAAGCCUCUGACAUCGAGAGGAAAUCGGAAGAACACUGGCAGCGCAUUCCAGCCUGGAUCCGUGAGGCCCGACAUCAAAAGUUCAACCCUACCCAGAACCUCUUGGAGCAAUUGUACUUGACGGUCAUUCGUCAUGGCACACGAGGGAACGAGCUGAUGCUGCAGCGUCUGCUGAUUAGGAGAAAGGUGGCCACGUCGGAGAAGCUGAUCCAGAUAUCGCAAACAAUUUUCAAAGAGGUCCUCGAGGUUGGGCACAGCCCAGACAUGGUCUCAAAAUUUCAGCUAGACAUUACCUCAAUACUCGUCGUGCACGGUUUGCGGGCGGCCAUCAUCAUCGCUGCCGAACUAUUCAAGCAAGAACAGUUGCCUGUGUAUCCCAAAGAGCCUCUGCUGCCGCGGAGCCAGACAAUACAGGACCUUUCCGUCUUUGCAGCGAGGCUCGGUGUGGUCGAUCCGUCCGAUAGCAUGUACGACAUGAGUCAAGAUGGCCGGCGCAUGCUCAUCUUUGUCCUCGACAAGAUCCUAGCACCCAAGCCCGCGGAUCAGCCUGUUGUAGUUCCCCAGCCGUGUCAAGGCCCACUCGAUCAUGACCAGCCGCAAGACCAGCUACAGCAACAGCCGCCGCUGGCGCCACAUCUGGGUGAUGGGCAGAUGGAGGUGGAAACUGCCAGCAAUUCCGGCGUGGCUUAUAUGCCUGGCAUGGCCUCGGCAAUGCCUAGCGACUUUGGCUUUGGCCCGCCAGACUGGAUCAUCAAUGAAGACGAUUCCAUGUUCAUGCAAUGGUUGGACAGCGUAGAUUGGGUGCGUCAAGGGCCAUAUGUUGGAUUGUGA